CGCUGACAAAUUUCAGCAUACGUUGACUUCCUUUCAAAUACGUCAACAACUCAGUUUGGUUUGGUUGGCCAUUUAAAACUAAAGAGAAGUAGGUUAUACAUUCUCUCAAAUUCGCCGUAUGUUUUCAUUUGUGACUCACUGAAAGGGCUUGUGUUAAUUUUAUAACCCAGCAAAAUGGCUCCGAAACAGAGGAUGCGAAUUGCCAACGAUAAAGCAAGUAAAAAUGUUACAUUACGUGGAAACGUACCAAAAUCAACCAAACCACAAGAUGAGAAAUACCCGGUUGGACCAUGGCUUCUUGCUCUAUUCGUUUUCGUUGUUUGUGGAUCAGCCGUCUUCCAGAUAAUCCAGAGCAUCAGGCUAGCAUAACAUGUCUCUGGACGAUCCUGAGGAAUAAUGAUAAUCCAUCUAUCAUUUCAACAUCAUUUUCUACGUUCAAAAGCACAAAUUUCAGUUUUCAACUGUUUUUUCCAUACAUUUUUCAAUAAUUAUGAAUGUAAAAUCUGAUCAAAUUAUAAAAUCCCCUACCUUUAUCCGUCAAUGAUAUUAAAAAUUCUAUGUAUGUACAUUCUAUAUCUGAUACACUUCGAUCGUUAUUGAUUCUAGCUCAAUGUAAACAAAUAACGUUCCACUGUUGAUAAUUUUAUAUGUGUAUUUCAUUGGUGUAUGUAUAUAAUAAUAUAAACUGUAAUUGAUAUUAUUCCUCUUGAAAUGGAACAUCUGUACUACAAUGAGUAUUCUGUUGUACGUGUAUAUUUUAAAUAAUAUAUCAUUGUCAAAUGAA